AUGGCCGAUCGCGAGCGACUCACACGUAAUAAACAGCGAGCUUCCGUUCGUCGCGACGCUGCCGCCAGUCAGAUCGAGGCAAUUUAUAAUCUGGGUCUUGACGCUUCUACGGAUAGUUCAUCCAUUUGUAAAUUUCUAAUAGCUGCAAAGGACUUGGAAGAGUAUUGGGCCAAGUUUACUUUAGAAAAUGAUACGAUGUUAGAGGCCAUGAUCGAGCUAGGGACUGAUAACGAAUUUUCUAAUAACGUCGAGUUGGAAGUGCGUCGUACUGUCAUCAGCGCGAAGUCUUUAGCGCAACAAUGUCGUUCCGGUAGUGUGCCGGCUAGUGAAGUUAGCCAACCCGAAAAGCCCACGAUUGAUCAGGUUUCUCCCGAAGUGGAGCAGGUGACGAACCCGACAGCUCAGUUGGGUCCACUUGUUAGCAAUCUUGCUCCAUCUGGGUCUAAUAUUCGGCUGCCGGAAAUUCCGCUGCCCACGUUCGAUGGGCGUCUUCAGAAUUGGCCCGAUUUUAGGGAUCGCUUUGUUACAUUGGUAGAUCAAAAGGCUCAUCUGAAUAAUAUUGAAAAGUUUUACUAUUUGUUGGGCUGCUUGCAGGCAGGUCCCACUGAUGUUGUGAAAGGCAUAACAGUUUCCGAUGCUACGUAUGACCUAGCUUGGUCAGCUUUGGUUAAUCGCUAUGAUAAGCCUCGCCAAUUAGCAACUACGUUGGUGUCUGAGAUGCUCAAUGCUGAUAGUCACCAACAGGAAUCUCCUACUGCACUAAUUACUUUUCUCGGCAAGUUCGGUGAAAAUGUAGCCUUGCUAAGGUCUCUGAAUAUUCCGGAUCUGGGUUCUUUUUUGUUGUUCUCAAUCGCUGUUCGAUGUUUGCCUUCCACUAGUCGCCGUUUGUUUGAACAGGACAACAUUUUGGAUUUUCCUACGGUCGAUAGUCUGCUAGAUUUCGUCAAGGGUCGUGUCGAGGUGUUGGAGAAUGCUGGUACAGCCAUGACUCCCACAGUUAAUAAACCUCAGCAUAAAGCCCAAAUUAAUAGACCCAAGUUCGGGAAUAACAAAAUAGUCGCUGCUAGCACGAAGCCUUCUUGUAGUUCGUCUGUUCCUCCGGUUGCGCUAGUGUCCCAGAGACCUACAGAACCUCACAAGUGUGAGCAAUGUAGUAGUAGUCAUAAAUUGUCGGCAUGUUCCAAGUUCAAAGAACUGUCCAUUGAUGACAGGUAUGCUUUAGUAAGCCGUCAUCGUUUAUGUAUGAGAUGUUUUGCCAAUAAUCACUGGGCCAACAAAUGCAAGACUUCGUGCUCCCUCUGUCAUGGUCGUCAUCAUCAAUUGCUACAUCGAGACAACACGCAUGCUAAGGUCAAUCCAGUCCAGCAGCCUGCUGUAUCCUUAGUUAGCUCACAACGUUCCAGAUCGGUUCUAUUGGGUACAGCAUCCGUUAAUGUUCGUGAUUUAGCCGGUUGCCUUCAACCAGUGAGGGCGUUAAUUGACCCAGCUUCUCAGAUCAGUAUUAUUACGUCUGAUUUUGUUAAAAGGUUAGGGUUGCAUCGUGAGAGAUGGACAGUCCCGGUGGCAGGACUGGCAGGGCAGGUGGUCCAAUCUGUCGAUGGGAGGGUUCAACUCUCCAUACAGUCAGUGACGGAUCAGAGUUCGUUGGAGUUACCCACUUGUAGCUUGUAUACACAUGUAUUUUCUAGCCAUAAUUUGAAGCUUUGGAAACAUACUUCCAUUUAA